GGUCAUUUUCACUGUUGUUAAAGUGUGGGAUUGGAGUAAGACAUUCAUAGUGUGUAAAAGGUAUUAUACAACUUCCGCAGCGUUUUUUAACGAGUAAAUAUCUCAGUGUAGUUAUAUAUUCGUAAAUGUAUCGAAGAUAAUUUCAAGAACGUUUAACUUGCCCACUGCUGUCAACUAGAAUUACAAGAUACAGUUUAAAAUUUUAGUCCAGCUAAUUUAUUUAAGCAGUGCAAAAUGGUGUAUUAAUUGGAUACAAAGUGAGACGUAAAGUGCUGCUAGACUGCUUAUUUACUUGGCUCUGAAUUCUUGGUUGCACCUUGCUUUUGGUAGAAACGUUUGAAGACUGAGAAGAAUCACAUCAUGUUAACACCUGUAAAUGGUGACUGCAUCGUGCCAGACCUCCUGGCAGGCAAAGGGAAAACUAACGAUGUAUUCAAGAAACAAAUGAGAAGACCUAAAUUCAGUCUACGAGACCCUGCAGAACUGGAAGAAUUCAUACUAAAACAAACGUUAGACCAGAAUCAGAAGUACCAAGAAUCAUUCAAAAGAUCUUUGGAAGAACCCGAAAAAUUCUGGGCGGAGGUUGGACAAUGUGUUACGUGGACAAAGCCAUGGGAAAAGGUUUUGGACAACACAAAUGAACCAUUCACGAAAUGGUUUGUGGGAGGAGAGCUGAAUGCUUGUUAUAACGCUGUGGAUAGACAUGUUCUGGCUGGACAUGGUGAAAAGGUGGCCCUCAUUCACGACAGCCCCGUUACAAAGAGCGUCAGACACGUCACUUACCUCGAAUUACAAGACAAAGUAUCACGACUGGCUGGAGCGCUGGCCAAGAUGGGUGUCUCUCGUGGAGACAGAGUUCUUGUCUACAUGCCUAUGAUACCCGAGGCCAUUAUAGCCAUGCUGGCAACUGUCAGACUUGGAGCUAUACAUUCUGUGGUGUUUGGUGGUUUCGCAGCACGUGAGGUUCGGGCACGCAUAGAACAUGCAGAACCUAAAGUCAUUAUUGUAGCUAGUUCUGGUUACGAGCCCAACAGAAUUGUAAGAUACAAGGAUAUUGUAAAUGAAGCAAUUGCCACCUCAUCUGUUAAACCUCUCCACUGCAUAAUCUAUCAGAGGUAUAACAUAGAAGUUGCAGAGCUUGAUCCAGAGUAUGACAUGUUAUGGGAUGAUGCAUUGGUCAUGAGCAACCCACACCCUUGUGUUCCAGUCGAAGCCAAUGAACCUUUGUACAUCCUUUACACUUCAGGAACAACAGAUCAACCAAAGGGCAUCCAGCGUCCUGUGGGAGGCCACAUUGCCACACUGGCAUGGACAAUGCAUACCAUUUAUGGGAUGGGGAAGAAUGAUGUGUGGUGGACAGCAUCAGAUAUGGGCUGGGUGGUCGGACACUCAUACAUAUGCUAUGGUCCACUUACAUAUGGUAUAACAUCUGUCAUGUAUGAAGGAAAGCCUGACCGUACUCCUGAUCCAGGAGCCUAUUUCAGGGUAAUUCAUGAGCAUGGAGUAAAUGCAAUGUUCACUGCUCCAACAGCAUUACGUGUAAUCAAGAGGGUAGAUCCAGAAGUUAAAUUUGGCUCCCAAUAUUCCAACAAAUCGCUCAGAACGCUGUUUGUUGCUGGAGAACAUUGUGACUAUGAUACUACAGCCUGGGCAACAAAGAUAUUUGAUGUUCCAGUUUUAAACCAUUGGUGGCAGACUGAAACGGGACACUCCAUCACAGCAUCAUGUGUUGGCUUCGGCCAUCCCAUGAACCCUCCGAAAUAUGCUGCAGGCUUGCCCUUCAUAGGAUAUGAUGUUCAUGUUCUGCGGCCGGACGGCACCGAAGCUGAUCAAAAUGAGAUGGGAUGUAUUGUAUGUAAACUCCCUCUACCUCCUGGCACAAUGUCUACACUCUACAAUGCCCCUGAAAGAUUUUUACAAGUUUAUUUUUCCAAAUUUCCAGGUUUCUAUGACACAAUGGAUGCCGGAUUCAUUGAUGAGCAUGGCUAUGUCUAUGUGAUGGCCCGUGAUGAUGAUGUAAUCAAUGUGGCAGGUCAUCGUCUUUCUACAGCUGCACUAGAAGAUGUUGUGCUCAGUCAUCCGGAUGUAGUGGAUGCAACUGUAGUAGGAGUCCCAGAGCCCACAAAGGGAGAGAUACCAUUAUGUCUUUUUAUCAUGAAGGAUGGUGCAAGAAAAACAGAGCCGAACAUUAUCAAAGAGCUCAUAAAAAUGGUAAGGGAGUUGAUAGGCCCCAUUGCAGCUUUCCAUGUUGCUGCAGCUGUCACAGGAUUACCACGAACUCGGUCAGGAAAGACUGCACGGAAGUCGAUUGCUGAUCUUGCAAGGAAUAAAUUGGUCAAGAUCUCAGGAACAAUUGAGGAUCCCACAGUGUAUAAGGAAAUCAAAGCAGUCCUUCAGAAACUAGGUUAUGCUAAAAUAGCACCAGAUCCUCAGUGACAGAUAUUAUGAUGGAUACUAGGACUAACAUAUAAAUAUACACCCACUACACUUACAAAGUUCCAUUUAGCACGAUAAAAUAGUAAAUGCAAGCAUCCAAUUGAAUAAAGUAUUAAGUGAUUAUUUUCUGCCAGGGGCUUCUUGCAGUUUAUUCUAAUUGCAUGAAACAAAACAUACUCAAACAAAAAGGUAAAAAUGGAGGGAUGGUUUUUCUUCUUCACUGCCCAAUCUGAAUGAAAACAACACAUUAACCUUUACAGUGCUGUGAAUCCUCUUUUGUUGAUAAUAAUCACAAUAGACACUGUGCUGGUAUAAAUAUACUUUUUGUGAUCUGUAUAAUAACUCUGUUUAUUGUAAUCUAUAUAUUAAACUUCACUGUUUAUCUAUUAACAAAUAAACAUAUGAGGUAUCUAAAUAUCUCUGCAGUUCUCCUUUUCGAUUCAGGGUACUCCACCAUACAUCUUCUCACAGGAGAAAAAUUUACAAGAAAUCUGGUGAAAUAAUUACGUGUAUGGAAAAAGUGGAAAAUAGUGACUGGCACAUCAUUACCACCAUUCAUUGUUGUUUCUACCACUCCAUUCUUUUCUGUCCUCCAUGUUCCUCUUCUAUUUGCAUUCAUUACUUUUGAAAUCUGUUUUGUAUCACCCCUUACUUCAUCCCUCCAUACACUCUCAAAAGCAUUUCUACUGACCACUCACCCCUAUCUAGUGCCAAGGUUUGCAAUGAGUAGAAUAGGAGCUAUACCUCCUCUCCUCCUAAGCACCUGCAUGGCGCAUAUCAGGAUAUAUUUUAUGGUCACUGACAGAGUGCAUCAUGGGUGAUGCAGUCACCAGUCACUGCAGAGGAUAAUCCUACACCUAGAAAUUUUCAGAAUCUGUCUGUUAUCAACUGUAAAAAUUAAAAAUUACUUGUUUGGAGUAGCCUCCAAUAGCAUAACAUCCACAUCACUUGCACUUCUUGCAGUUGAGAUCAUUUCCCACAGAGGAUCACGGAUAUGAAAAAAAUCAUCCUCCAAACUCAUGGCUUUGAACAUCUAGCAUGUUGGUAUUAUUAAUUUCAUAAAUUAAGGAGAACAAGUCUGAUUAGAAGCCUCUAAUGACAUGCACACAUACUACUACUUGUAUCCUAAUCAUCAUCCGAAAAUCGUAAUCAUCUGCCAUUUUCACACAACAAAGAAAUAUAGGUAUAAGCAUUAUGCACUAUCUUACAUGUACAAUAUAAUUUACUGGUAUAACCUUCAUACCAAAAUUUCAUGAAAAUCUAUUCAGUUAUUCUUGAAUUAUAAAAUGGCAGAACAUAUUAUUAAUAAGGCCACUGAAAGAUGGCAGCACAAUCUUGGCUGCAAGACAUGACAUACAUAAGAGACCUACAAAGUCUUUGCUUAUGACAUGAGCAUAAAGAACACCUAACAAUGGAACUGUUAAUUAACAUGGUGUCACAAUACAUUCAUUAACAUAUUUAUAAAAAAGAAUCACAGUUUUAAAAAUCUGUAACAGAGUGAAUAAAAAUUAGUCUGAUUCA